AUGUUGUCUAGAGUCUCUAUACUGGCCAGAUCUAUGGCCACCGCCCAACGUCGUGGGCUACUAAGCAGUGCCGCUCAAUCGCUGGUCUCCAAGCCUGUUUCCGAUGGAGAUCCAGAGAUGUUUGACAUCUUGCAACAAGAACGUCACAGACAAAAACACUCUAUUACGCUGAUCCCAUCCGAGAACUUCACCUCGAAGGCUGUCAUGGAUCUCUUGGGCUCUGAGCUUCAAAACAAGUACUCCGAAGGUUAUCCAGGCGAAAGAUACUACGGUGGUAACGAAAUCAUCGACAAGUCCGAGUCCUUGUGUCAAGCAAGAGCUCUGGAACUGUACGGGUUGGACCCAACCCAAUGGGGGGUUAAUGUCCAACCAUUGAGUGGGGCACCUGCCAAUUUGUACGUUUACUCUGCGAUCAUGAACAUCGGUGAAAGGCUAAUGGGUUUGGAUUUGCCAGAUGGUGGUCAUUUGUCACACGGGUACCAGUUGAAGUCUGGAACACCAAUCUCUUUCAUCUCCAAAUACUUCCAAAGUAUGCCCUACCAUGUUGACCACGCUACUGGGUUGAUCGACUACGACAACUUGCAAGUGUUGGCCAAGGCAUUUAGACCAAAAGUCAUUGUUGCCGGUACUUCUGCAUACUCGAGAUUGAUAGAUUACGCCAGAUUUAAGGAAAUCUCUCAAGCAUGCGGUGCCUAUUUGAUGAGUGAUAUGGCGCACAUCUCCGGUCUUGUGGCAGCCAAUGUCGUUCCAUCUCCAUUUGAAUUUUCCGACAUUGUCACCACAACCACUCACAAAUCUUUGAGAGGCCCAAGAGGUGCUAUGAUUUUCUUCAGAAAGGGUAUUAAGUCUGUCACCAAGAAGGGUAAAGAAAUUCCAUACGAGUUGGAAAAGAAAAUCAACUUCUCCGUGUUCCCAGGCCACCAAGGUGGUCCUCAUAACCACACCAUUGGUGCGAUGGCUGUGGCAUUGAAGCAAGCCAUGUCUCCAGAAUUCAAGCAAUACCAACAAAAGAUUGUUGACAACAGUAAAUGGUUUGCUCAAGAACUAAACAAGAUGGGCUACAAAUUGGUUUCCGGCGGUACCGAUAACCACUUGAUCGUUAUUGACCUGUCUAGUACUCCAGUCGAUGGUGCCCGUGUGGAAACUAUUUUGAGUGCUUUGAACAUUGCUGCUAACAAGAACACCAUCCCAGGUGACAAGAGUGCUCUUUUCCCCUCAGGUCUAAGAAUCGGUACUCCAGCAAUGACCACAAGAGGAUUUGGCCGCGAAGAGUUCUCUCAAGUGGCCAAGUACAUCGAUUCCGCGGUUAAACUAGCUGAAAACCUGAAGGCUUUGGAACCAACAGCGAAACUAGAUGCAAGAUCAAGACUCAAUGAGUUCAAGAAGUUGUGUAAUGAAUCUACCGAAGUGGCUGAUUUGUCCAAGGAAAUUUCCAAUUGGGCGGGCCAGUUCCCUGUCCCCGGUGAAGUUUAA